AUGAAUUUGGUGCGGCACUGCAACAGAGGCCGUUUCUGUUCGUUUGCUCACAGUAAAGAAGAAGAACUCUACCACCCCCUGACAUAUAAAACGCACUUGUGCUCCGUUUUCCCCGAUUGUCUCCGUCAUUUCUGUCCGUUUGCGCAUCAUACAUCCGAACUACGAGACCCCUUCGCCUUGCCUCUCAUCCGUGCCCUCUGGGGCCCCCAGGGGCCCCCCUUAGGCCUCCAGCCAGCCACAGCAGCAGUAGCAGCAGCAACAGCAACAACUGCUGUCACCGCCCCAGCUCCCCAACGCGCGCCCCUGCAAGUCGACGCUACAGCAAAGGGAACGGCACCUUUGCUGCUCCCAGACUUUGGAACGGUUCACAAGGCAGCAGCAGCUGCUGCUGCUAGCAGCAGCAGCGGGGACAGCCCGCAGCAGCAACCGGGCCAGGCGCAGCAGGCGCAGCAGCAGCAGCAGACGGAGCAGCAUCAGCAGAAGCAGCAGCAGCAACAUGAUGGUGCAUUGACAUCUACUGUGAGCCCCUCCACUCGCCAGUCGCUCUGCUUCGUUGGGGGAGGCCCCGAAGACGGUCAGACUCCUGUGCAUCCUCUCGUGGCUGCUGAGAGCCAGCUAGCAGCAGCAGAAGGGGCUGCUGCCUUAGACUUACUGCUGCAGCAACACCAUCAAAACCAGGUACAGCCUCAACAGCAGCAACAGCAGAUGCUGAUGCAGCAACAUCAGACAAAAGGUGCCGGACCAACCAAACAACUCUCAGCAACAGUCACUCCAGAAACUGCAGCAGCAGAUGCAGCAGCAGCAAAAGCAAGCAGCAGAAGCCCACAUACCACCUCCGACUCGUUGCAUCCCCUGCGCAGCUUUGAAAAGCUUCACCUAGAAAGACAGCAGCAGCAGCGACAGCUGCAACUACAGCUGCAGCAGCAGUUGCAGCAGCAGCUGCAGCAGCAACUACAUCACCAGCUGCAGCAGCAGCAGCAGCAGCAACAGCAACAGCAACAGCAACAGCAGCAGCUUUCCGAAGAAGAGGCGACACCCAUUGCUGUGCAGCUUCUGGGGCCCCAGGCGAUGGACAUGACGCUGUCGCAGCUGCAGCUGACAAUUGAUCUUGCGCUGAGGCUCGCCAGCAGCAUGCCCCCGUCACAGCAGCAAGACCAGCAGCAGCAGCAGCAGCUGCUGCUGCAGUUGCAGCUGCAACAACAGCGGCAGCGGGAGGAAGAAGAAAUGUUGCUGCGACAGCGACUGCAGCAGCAGCAAGAGCAGCAGCAGCAGAUGCCGCCGCUGACAAACGAGACGAUUUUGGCUGUUCUGCAAGCGAUCGCUUUGGCGCGGGGUUGGGAUCCUCUGGAGCAACAGCAGCAACAGCAGCAGCAGCAGCAUGAGCACGGGAGUCAGCAGCUGCCUAGCAGUGCAUCCCCACUCAGGCAAUCAGAUGAAGCCGCAGACGCUGAUGCAGCAGCAGCAGCGGUAAGCAUAAGUACGCAGCUGCAACGCCUAACUCUGGACUAUAUACCCUCUAGGCAGCAUCAACAGCAACAGCAGCAUCAGCAGCAGGCCCAGCAACAAGAGAGACACCUGCAGCAAACGCCGGUCUUGAAGCGGUCGGCUUCGUUUCUAUCAAGCAGACUCCAGCAGCCACUGCAGCAACUGCCACACCUGCAGCAACUGCAGCACCAGCAACCGUUGCACAAGCCCCCGCAGCAGCAGCAACAGCAGCAGCAGCAGCAGCAGCCACGAGGCAACCGCCAUUUCUGUUCUUCUCAAGUACGGGGGCCCGUCAGCGGCAUCCAAACAUACACUCGGCAGCAAACAGAAAAGGAUGCAGCCCGGCAGAUACAGCAGCAGCUGGAGCAGCAACUGCAGCAGCAGCUGCAGCAGCAACUAAAGCAACAGCUGCAGCAGCAACUGCAGCAGCAGCUACAGCAGCAACUAAAGCAACAGCUGCAGCAGCAAAUCCAGGAGCAAGUGGAGCACGCGCAGCAAACGGAGUCAUUGGUCAGGCCCAUAGACUACAGCAGCAGCAGCAGCAAUCUCUCAGGCUUUCAAGACAUUGAAAAGAGUCUGUUGCUGCUGCAGCAGCACCAGCUGCAGCUGCAGCUGCAGCACCAAGAGCAACCGCGGCUCCAGGCACCUGCAGGAGCAGCACCAGCAGGUUUUUUACAAGCAGCAGAAACAAAGCUGCUGCAGCGGGAAGUGGUCCGCAAUUGCAUAUCUAAAGACGGGGGAGAUAAAGAGCAGCAGCAGCAGCAACCGCAGCAGCAGCAGCAGCAGAAGACUGCACACUUGGUUUCUCUUAGUAGCAGCACUGCUCCCCCCCCACCGGCCCGAGGGGGGCUGCAGCAGCAGUUUGGAUUUCGCAAGAGCAGCAACAGCAGCAGCAGCAACGGCGCUGCAUCUCAGCCUUACCAGCGGUCCUUCAUAAACAACGCGUUGAGCAGCAGCAAUGGCAGCAGCAACGGCCGCACCUUGUGCUCGGGCGUUGUAUGCCAGCAGCAGCAAAAGCUGCUCUUUUACCAGCAGCAACAGCAACAGCACACACCGCAGCAACAGCAGCUGUUGCUGCCCCGCAACGCCACAGAAGCAGCAGCAGCAGAUCCUUCUCCUCAAAUUACAACUUGCUCCCAAACCCCCUUGACAGCUCGCACCCUCUCUCCAGUGCAGCCUCAGGCGCAGCAGCAGCAGCAACAACAACAGACAGGCUAUCCUCUUCCCGUUGCUGCAGCACUCUUCAACGCUGAUGAGACCAGCAGCAGGGAAAUAACUUCUCAGCAGUCGCCUGCUGCCUUCACAAGCGACGGAUGA